AUCUGGAAACAGCCAGCGCAGUUUCAGCACAAAUAAAUGGUCGACAGCCAGGUCGCUGCAGUCAUCAAGCGUCUGACUUUGCAACGCCCCUCUUUAGGGAAGGGAAUGGUCAGUUUUUAAGCCGAUAAGGCGAGUGGACCCUUUCCAGUGUGUUUUGCGGGAAAAGUGAAACUGCAUCUGCGAGGACUGGAUGUCCGAAACCAGCUGAGGAAAAGCGCAACAUCAAGUGCAUAGAAUAAAAUAACCACCUCUAAGAAGAGCCGGAUAAGAUGGCGUCGGCCAAUGAUACCCGUCAUCAGACGCAGGUGCAGAAGGAUGUAGCCGAUCAGAAUUUUGACUACAUGUUCAAGCUCCUCAUCAUUGGCAACAGCAGCGUUGGAAAAACUAGUUUUCUGUUCCGUUACGCUGACGACUCCUUCACCUCUGCGUUCGUCAGCACGGUCGGCAUCGACUUCAAAGUCAAAACUGUUUACCGCAAUGAGAAACGAGUCAAACUGCAAAUAUGGGACACAGCAGGGCAAGAGAGGUACCGCACUAUUACCACAGCGUACUACAGAGGGGCCAUGGGCUUCCUGCUAAUGUAUGACAUCACUAACCAAGAAUCCUUCUACGCUGUGCAAGACUGGGCGACUCAGAUUAAAACGUACUCAUGGGACAACGCUCAGGUGAUUCUGGUGGGGAACAAAUGUGAUCUGGAGGACGACAGACUGGUGUCCAGAGAGGACGGCCAGAGACUGGCUAAUGAGCUAGGCUUCCAGUUUUUCGAGGCCAGUGCAAAGGAUAACAUUAACGUCAAGCAGGUGUUUGAGCGGCUGGUUGACAUCAUCUGUGACAAAAUGAACGAGAGCUUGGAUGGAGACCCGAGCAUGUUAACCAAUCACAAAGGCCCGAGUCUGCAAGACACACCCCCUGAUGAACAGAGCGGCUGUGGAUGUUAAUUAUCAUCUCUCAACAAACACUCAUACUUGAAGGCAAACAUUCACACACAUGCACUCGCUCACUCCCUCUCUCUCUUACACACAUGUACACCAGAAGAGACUCUUUCACAAGUGUACUGCCAAUGUAUAGGAUGAAAUGCCAACCAAACAGUAAGAAUAUGGCAUAAGCCCCUUAAAAUGAAUCAUUUUAGUUACAUAAACAGGCCCCUCAGGGAUUGAAUGAAAUGGGAUGGGUUUAUCUCAGUGUGAUGUGUGGCUGCCAAUACACUGAACUGCGAUAUCAUGAUGAGAACAGCCGGGAAAAUACUGCAUGAAACUGCAGGAAUCAGAAAUUCACAUGCCAAAGUCUCAGCUUUUUAGGAAAGUUUCAAUCUACUCCAGUGUCUGUUUACAACAUGCGCAGAUAAAAUGCAUCUGGUUGUCAUUGUGCAGUAGCUUUGAAAUUUAUACUGAUUAUUUUAAUGGAUGCAAGAUGGAUGCAUGUUUUACUUCAAUAUAGGUGAUAAAACAUUUUAGGACUGCUCUGGAAGUAUCCAGUCCAUAUGAUUGUCAGUCUAGUUUUUGUUACUUGUUUCAAAGUAUGUCCUUAAUUCAGAUUAUAUUUGUCCUUGCCAUUUGCUUUGAACGCAAUAAAUUUGCUUCCCUGUGGACACUAAAGGAGUAUUAAUAUAAUGUAUAUAUUGUGUGUGUGUGUGUGUGUGUGUAUACUUAAAUUG